AUGCAAGAGCAUCCCCGCUCCGUCGAAUUAUCGGAGUUGAUUCUCGAACGAAUGCCGAUGGAUGUGCUCACUUGGAUCGCCCCCAUCGUUUUGGAGCAAAUCAACGAAGACGGCUGCAGUAAUUUCGAUGCGAUGACGAGCCCUCUCUUCUGUCGCACCUUUCUAAAUCCUCAUUACAAGCGCGACACGAUUCUCGAGCUCGUUGGCAAAGAACUAGAAGCGGAGAUCAAUUCAAAGCCAGACCGGCUCUCUGAUGUGAUGAAGAUUGUCCAGAAACGCCACGACAUGAAGUACAACAAGAAGAAGCUUGAGCCGAAGGCGACGAUCGAGUUCAAGUCUUCUGAAGUGGAAGUCAAAUUCGGUCGAUCAUUCCUUUUUGCUUGGACGAAUGACGAACCACAAGGACUUGACUUGGGAGCAGCUCGAAGCAAUCUUCUCCUGUUCAAAAUCAACCGGGAAAACGAGGAGCGUUCACCAAAGUUCGAGCUUGUCGACUAUCACCCUCACGAUCCUCAGCAAAAUCCAGAACGGCGACCAUUCUAUCCCCUUCGCGCAACUGCAUUUUUACCUCCGCGCGACGGCGUUUUUCUUGACUCAGUGGUUCUCAGUCCGGAUUUCAGAAAACGGCUGUUCAGCCCUGACCAAGUAACGACGGAAAUCGUCAAAGGAAAGAAGAUUCUUUUGGAAUCUGAAAGCUUUGAGCAGAUGGACUUUAACUUCUCUCGGCAACGAUCUUGGCGAGAUUACGUAACGAAUCCGAAGAGUGUUGUCCCGAUGAUCCAGGAAGCCGAUUUAUUUGAAGUUCAUUCGUCCGGAGAUGAGGAAGAAGAAGAAGAAAGCGAGGAGGAAAUCAGUCCGUUCGAGAAGCGCGUCGUAGAUUUUGGAACUUUUCUGGUGGAAAGCAGCAGGCGACGUCGAUGUCUUUACGUUCACGAUCGAGGACAUCAAACAAAAAUCCCCAAAGCCCGAAAACGAUCCAUUAAAAUCAAUAAAGAAGACGACGAGGAGACAACCUUACCAACAAUAAACCUAGAGGACUUUCGCGUGCCUGAAUACCGGGAUCACAGCGAAAAUCUCCUCCCUUGGCAAUCCGAUGUUGGCUUCGUCAUCGGCAACAAAUUUCAUCUUCUCGUUUGA